UUAUUGAGGCUGCGAAACACGAGACACGGGCAUCCCACGAGAGCGGCCGCGGUGUCAUUUACUGUGUGCUGCUGGGACAGGAAGUAGUGGUCGGUGGUUCUCUUAUCUGGUCAUUAUGUGGCUAGGAGUUCUGAUCGGGGUGGCGGUGACAGUGGUUGGGGUGCGUCUGAUAUACAGGAUCAGGUCAGGGAGGUGCGACUCGGAGACGAAGCUGGACGGGAAGACGGUCAUUGUCACAGGAAGUUCUGCGGGAAUUGGGAAAGCUGCCGCUCUGGAUUUUGCCAAGCGUGGAGCAAGAGUGAUUCUGGCCUGCAGGAACCUUGACAAGGCUGGGAAGGUGGCAGAUGAAAUAAUAAAAAGCUCAGGAAACACCAAUGUUGAAGUGCAGCAGCUGGACACGUCUGAUCUCAGCUCUGUCCGUCGUUUUGCAGAUGAAAUUUUGAAAUCUGAGAAGAAGUUGGACAUUCUGGUGAACAAUGCUGGCAUUGCUGGCUAUCAUAAAAGGGAGACCACCAAGGAUGGCCUGGAGAUCACCAUGGCUACUAACUACUAUGGACACUUUCUCCUCAGCAAUCUGCUACUUGGCCUGCUGAAGAAGAGUGCCCCCAGCAGGAUCAUAAAUGUCAGCUCUGUGAUGCACACAUUUUGCAAAAAGUUAGAUCCUGAGGACUUGAACUUUGAGAAAUCUUCCUAUCUUAGUAUCUCUGCAUACAAUCAGAGCAAACUUUGUAAUGUUCUGUUUACGCAGGAACUUUCCAACAAGCUCAAGGGCACAGGCGUCACAGCCAACAGUCUUCAUCCGGGUAUUGUGGCCACAGAGAUCAAUGCCAAGGCAUCAGGUAUCAUACCAGCCAUUGUUGACAUCUUCUUCCAGCUGAUGGGCAAGACCUCUGACAUGGGAGCACAGACCACCAUCUACCUUGCUGUAUCAGACGAGGUGGAUGGUGUUUCUGGAAAAUAUUUUGUUGAUUGCAAGGAACAGGAGUGUUCAGAGCUGGCGAGGCACCGGGGAAUGGCUAAGAAGCUCUGGGAAGCAAGUGAGCUGGAUGUGAAGCUUCAGGAAGAUGAGAUACACUACUAAUGAUGGUUAUGAAAUAUCUGCAGGCAUGUCAUGAGUGAAAACUGACAAGCUCUCUUUAUAUACAAACACAGUCUUUUUAAAACUUUGUAAUUGCUGAUUUUAAAAUAAUGAAUGUGUGAUCUGUAAACAUUUGAUGCAAAAUAUAGGAAGUGGCUCUGACAGUGGAGUGUAUAGUCUAAUUUGGAAGUAUGUAUCCAGUUUUUGGUAACCAUGGAAAAAACCCACAGCUCAACCUCUGCUUGAGCCAUUCACCUUACUCUCCUUCUAAUAAAAGUAAACAGUGUAUCAUUUUAUCAUUUGUAUGUACAAGAUGAUAGAAAACUGAUGUGAUGCACAAAGCAAUAACAUGUUUGGGUUUCCUAUUAAAGAAAAUAAUGAAACUUGGUGAAAGUUACCAAAUCUCUCAGGUGAGAGUUUGCUCUUGAGAAGAGUGUGUGUGUGUGUGUGUGUGUGUAGGCGAGCACACACAGAGUUGCUCUCUACAAAUGUACCUCGGUACCAGAUGCACAAAAAGUGGCAGCCAAGACAAAAGAAACCAACUACAGUUCUCUUCACCAAUAAAAUUACAAAAGG